AUGAUGUCAUUUAAUGCAUGGAAUGUCAUACUGUUACUGUACGCAACAUUCUCUGCAUUAGACCUUCCACAAAGUCCGAUAACUUCGGAGGAAAUAGAAAUGAAGGAGAAAAUUGAAUACAUGCUAAAAGAAAUUGGAAAUGAUAACGAAUUUGAAAUAGAAGAGGAGCAAACAUUAGAUUUUUAUGAUCCAAAUGAGAUUCCACAUGCAGAAACAGUUGAUUUGUUUCAUCAUGUUGAAGAUGAGAAUUAUCUUCCAGAAGAAGUUAUUUGUACUUCUGUUGAAGCAGCAAUAUCAAACGACUACAAAAGGCAAGCUGUGGAAUACUGGAGAAGCGAUAAAACAAUACUAAAAUCAUUGGAAUCGGUAAAACACAAUUAUAAACAAAUAACAUCGCUACGACAAUUACGACGAUGGAAGAAGUAUAUCCAUGCAGGUGGUACAAGAAGAGAAAAAUUGCAAAAAAUUGCUGAAUAUACAUUAAACACUUUCAAUGAAACGCUCCAAAAAGGAAUGAUAAUUCAUGAUAUUGACAUCGGUCGAUGGGCUUCUCGAGCACAACAAGAGAUAAAUGCGCCAGGAUUCAUAGCGUCACAUACGUGGAUACACAGAUUCAAAAAACAACAUAGUAUCUCGUUCAAAAAAUAA